CCGCUAGUGAUUUGGAAGCCGAGCUCAUUUAUCGCUUCGCUCGUGCUCCGCGAUAUACCAUUCCAACCGACCAUUGGCAAGGGAGCUCAUCAUAUGAUCAAACUGGCUACUUGAAUAGACCAUUCUCUCAUGAACUACUCAUUUGCGCAGAUAUCUGUUCGAAGACCACCUCCAGCUAAAUUUGCCAGACAUUUUUCAUCGAUUUCCGGUAUAAGGUCUGCCUCACCGACCAGAUCUGCCCCUCAAAUCCGAGAAGAGGAUGGAAGUCCCUACUAUGAUCCGAAGAAAUAUUACCCUGCUCGUGUUAGAGAGACUAUCGGGAAAUAUUGUCUUAUCUCAAAGCUCGGUUGGGGUGCCAAUUCUACAGCUUGGUUGGCAAGAGACACCAGUCGGUGGGCGUGGCAGUCAACCCGAUAUAUGACCCUAAAGAUUACAAAUUGUGGCAAGGAAGAACGGAGAUCUGCUUCUGAUGAGAUAGAGAUCUCAAGACACAUAUCCAGUCUGCGAUCUAGCCAUCAAGGUAGAGCAUAUAUUCGGCUAGUAAAGGAAAACUUUAGCAUCCAGGGCCCAUUCGGAGAACAUUUAUGUCUGGUAUUUGAACCAUUGAGAGAAAGGAGUAUUGAAAGAAGGGAACGGACAAGAAGCCCACCUGUAUGUAUUACGUGACACUCGGAAUGAAGAAAGUCAAGGCCUUGAAGCAGUAGUUUUAAGAAGGGCUUCAGGACCGCUGGAGGUACACCGUU